AAUCCACCUCCUCCACUCCAACGGCCGAAUGAUUUCCCGCGAAAUGAAGUCACCGCCGCGCCCGCCACCGGAGAUUCAUUAGCACCUCGCUGGACCAGGGGAUUAGACUCGCACGUAUUUAUACCUCGCCGCCGUCUCCUCGUUCCUCACAGCACUCGCUCUUCUUCUUCUCCACGAGAUCGUCACAGCAAGCUGCAAGAAUUAAGAAAGGAUCGAAGCAAGAAGGAAGGACGGGACCGGCAGCACAAGAACGGAGGAAGAGCUGGGUCAUUGAGUCGAGGUCGAUAGAGCAGGAAGGAAGUAGGAGGGGGCAUGGACUUAGCGCGGAUGGGGAGCGUCGCCGGCGGGAGCAUGCGGCGGACGGCGUCGUCGUGGCGGGCGUCCGGCCGGAGCGACGCGUUCGGGCGGUCGGCGCGGGAGGAGGACGACGAGGAGGCGCUGCGGUGGGCGGCCAUCGAGAAGCUGCCCACCUACGACCGCAUGCGCAAGGGCAUCAUCCUCACGACCGGGGCCGCUGGCGCCGGCGUCGAGGAGGUCGACACCGAGGGGCUCGGCAUGCGGGAGCGCAAGAACCUCAUCGAGCGCCUCAUCCGCACCGCCGAGGAGGACAACGAGCGCUUCCUCCUCAAGUUCCGCGACCGCAUGGAGCGAGUUGGGAUUGACAAUCCGACAAUAGAAGUGCGGUUUGAGCACCUCAACAUCGACGCAGAGGCUUACGUCGGCAAUAGGGGCGUCCCGACGUUCACCAACUUCUUCUCCAACAAAGUCAUGGAUGCACUAAGUGCCCUGCGCAUCGUUUCGAGCGGGAAGAGGCCAAUCUCCAUCCUUCAUGACAUCAGUGGAAUCAUAAGGCCUGGUCGGAUGUCUCUGUUGCUUGGGCCUCCUGGGUCUGGGAAAACUAGUCUACUUCUGGCUUUGUCAGGGAAACUUGACUCAUCUCUGAAGGUGUCAGGAAGGGUAACUUACAAUGGGCAUGACAUGAAUGAAUUUGUCCCUCAGCGGACAUCCGCGUACAUUGGUCAGCACGAUGUUCACGUCGGCGAAAUGACAGUCCGGGAAACACUUGCCUUCUCUGCAAGAUGCCAAGGAGUUGGGACACGUUAUGAGUUGCUCACGGAACUCUCAAGAAGGGAGAAAGAAGCCAACAUUAAGCCAGAUCCUGAUAUCGAUGUUUACAUGAAGGCUAUCUCUGUGGAAGGUCAGGAGAGCGUGGUCACAGAUUAUAUCCUCAAAAUUCUGGGUCUGGAGAUCUGUGCAGAUACAAUGGUUGGGGAUUCUAUGAUCAGAGGUAUCUCAGGAGGACAAAAGAAGCGUGUCACAACAGGUGAGAUGCUUGUUGGGCCAGCUAAGGCACUAUUCAUGGAUGAAAUAUCCACUGGUCUGGACAGCUCCACAACAUAUCAGAUCGUUAACUCUCUACGGCAGUCGGUCCACAUCCUUGGUGGAACGGCACUUAUCGCAUUGCUUCAGCCUGCACCUGAAACAUAUGAGCUCUUUGAUGACAUUGUUCUCCUCUCUGAGGGCCAAAUAGUAUACCAGGGUCCUCGUGAGCAUGUCCUUGAAUUCUUUGAGGCCAUGUGCUUCAAAUGUCCUGAGAGAAAAGGUGUUGCAGACUUCUUGCAAGAAGUUACGUCUAGGAAGGAUCAGCAUCAGUAUUGGUGUCGAAGAGAUGAGCCAUACCGAUACAUCUCGGUUAAUGACUUUGCAAAGGCAUUCAAAGCAUUCCAUGUUGGGCGUAAGCUAGGAUCGGAGCUCAAGGUGCCAUUCGAUCGAACCAGGAACCACCCUGCAGCUCUCACAACAUCCAAGUAUGGUAUCAGUAAGAUGGAGCUUCUCAGGGCAUGCUUCUCUAGGGAGUGGCUGUUGAUGAAGAGGAACUCGUUUGUUUACAUCUUCAAAGUAGUCCAGGUAUGUAUCCUGCUUCCUGAAAUCUUCUCAAUUCAGAUAAUAAUUUCUGAUGAAUGUUCCAUAUUUGUACAGCUAAUAAUCCUCGGAACCAUUGCAAUGACGGUCUUCCUGCGCACGACAAUGCAUCGACGCAGUGUUGAAGAUGGAGUGAUAUUUCUGGGGGCAAUGUUCCUUGGCCUAGUCACACAUUUGUUUAAUGGUUUCGCUGAGCUUGCCAUGAGCAUUGCAAAGCUGCCGAUAUUCUAUAAGCAGAGGGAUCUCCUCUUCUAUCCAUCUUGGGCGUACGCAUUGCCUACAUGGGUGCUCAAGAUCCCAAUAUCAUUCUUGGAAUGCGCUGUGUGGAUUGGCAUGACUUACUAUGUCAUUGGCUUUGAUCCAAAUAUCGAAAGGUUCUUCCGCCAUUACCUGCUGCUUGUACUAAUCAGCCAGAUGGCGUCUGGUCUUUUCCGGCUUCUUGCUGCAUUAGGAAGAGAAAUGGUUGUCGCAGACACCUUUGGGUCAUUCGCUCAGCUUGUUCUUCUGAUCCUUGGUGGCUUUUUGAUAGCAAGAGAUAACAUCAAGAAAUGGUGGAUUUGGGGCUACUGGUCCUCCCCUCUGAUGUAUGCACAAAAUGCCAUAGCUAAUAAUGAGUUCCUGGGCCACAGCUGGCAGAUGAUUGUUGAUCCAACAAGAAGUAACGAGACACUUGGUGUCCAAAUUCUGAAGGCACGUGGCAUCUUUGUCGACCCAAACUGGUAUUGGAUCGGUGCUGGUGCAUUGCUUGGGUACAUCAUGCUCUUCAACAUACUCUUCGUUUUGUUCCUCGACUGGCUUGGCCCACUUGGGAAAGGUCAAACCGUUGUUUCUGAAGAGGAACUGCGGGAGAAGCAUGUGAACCGUACUGGUGAAAAUAUCGAGCUGCUGCAGCUUGGAACAGAUUCCCAGAUUUCUCCUGAUGGAAGAAGAGAAAUCAUUGGAACUGGCACCAGGAAGAGAGGAAUGGUACUUCCAUUUACACCAUUGUCAAUCACCUUUGACAAUAUCAAAUACUCUGUGAUCAUGCCUCAGGAAAUGAAAGAAAAAGGUAUUACUGAAGACAGGUUACUGCUGCUGAAGGGUGUAAGCGGAGCCUUCAGACCAGGAGUCUUGACGGCACUGAUGGGAGUCAGUGGAGCGGGUAAGACUACCCUGAUGGAUGUACUGGCAGGAAGGAAAACUGGCGGUUACAUUGAGGGAGCCAUUUCCAUUUCUGGAUACCCAAAGAAGCAAGAGACCUUUGCUCGGAUUGCUGGCUACUGCGAGCAAAAUGAUAUCCACUCUCCACAUGUCACUGUCUACGAAUCCCUCCUGUACUCAGCAUGGCUUCGGUUGCCGCCAGAAGUAGACUCAGAAGCAAGAAAGAUGUUUGUGGAAGAAGUCAUGGAACUAGUGGAGUUGACACCUCUGAGGGGAGCAUUGGUGGGACUGCCAGGAGUAAAUGGUUUAUCCACUGAACAGCGAAAGAGGCUCACUAUUGCUGUUGAGCUCGUUGCCAACCCAUCCAUCAUAUUCAUGGAUGAACCGACUUCAGGACUAGAUGCCAGGGCUGCUGCAAUUGUGAUGAGGACAGUCCGGAAUACUGUGGACACAGGAAGGACAGUUGUCUGCACAAUCCACCAGCCCAGCAUUGAUAUUUUUGAAGCUUUUGAUGAGCUAUUCCUGAUGAAACGGGGAGGGGAAGAAAUAUAUGCUGGCCCCUUGGGACGCAACUCGUGCCAUCUGAUUGACUACUUUGAGGCAAUACAAGGAGUGAAGAAAAUCAAGGAUGGUUACAACCCUGCAACAUGGAUGUUGGAAGUGACCACCUUAGCUCAAGAAGAUAUCCUUGGGGUCAACUUUGCCGAAGUAUACAGAAACUCUGACCUAUACCGGAGGAACAAAGCUCUAAUCAGUGAACUAAGCACACCUCCACCUGGAUCCAAGGACUUGUACUUCCCAACCCAGUACUCACAGUCCUUCCUCACACAAUGCAUGGCUUGCCUGUGGAAGCAGCACAAAUCUUACUGGAGAAAUCCAUCAUACACCGCAACUAGAAUCUUCUUCACAACAGUUAUAGCCCUCAUCUUCGGAACCAUCUUCUUAAACUUAGGCAAGAAAAUUGGCACGAGGCAGGACCUGUUCAAUUCUUUGGGAUCCAUGUAUGCAGCAGUUCUUUUCAUUGGAAUUCAGAAUGGUCAAACUGUGCAACCGAUUGUGGAUGUUGAGCGAACAGUUUUCUACCGAGAAAAGGCGGCUGGCAUGUACUCUGCUCUACCCUAUGCUUUUGCACAGGUUCUUAUUGAGAUCCCACAUAUCUUCCUUCAGACAGCCGUGUAUGGUCUUAUUGUCUACAGCUUGAUUGGCUUUGACUGGACAGUUGAGAAGUUCUUCUGGUAUAUGUUCUUCAUGUUCUUCACCUUCAUGUACUUCACGUUCUACGGCAUGAUGGCAGUCGCCAUGACACCAAACAGCGACAUUGCUGCCAUAGUGUCAACUGCAUUCUACGCCAUAUGGAAUAUCUUUGCCGGCUUCCUUAUCCCUCGACCGAAGAUACCAAUAUGGUGGAGAUGGUACUCAUGGGCAUGUCCAGUGGCUUGGACACUAUAUGGACUUGUGGCCUCACAAUUUGGAGAUAUCACAAAUGUUACACUGAAAGAUGAUGGGGAAACAGUGAAAGAUUUUGUCAGCAGAUUCUUUGGAUUCCAUCAUGAUCAAUUGGGUUAUGUAGCUACCGCUGUUGUUGGAUUCACAGUUCUCUUUGCUUUCGUCUUUGCCUUCUCCAUCAAAGUCUUCAAUUUCCAGAGAAGAUAAGGGAAGUGACCUAAAAAUGUUUUGUGUUGCUUCAGCUCAUUUUCAGUAUAUAGCACUGCAGCAAUGUAAAUUUAUGAGAGAGAGAGAGAGAGAGUAUGUAGCAUUUGUUUUGUUUCUAGGCAGUUAACAAUUGACAUCAUUAUUCGUUUCAAUCAGUUUGGCCUGGAGUUCUGUACUGAACAGAAAGGGGCCUAUGUGUAAAUUGUAUGUAGAUUGUGCAUAAUUGAGUUCAAUGUAAACUUUUCCUU